AUGACAUCCACAGAUUACACGCACCUGAUCAUCGUCUGCUGCCACGGAGUUUGGCUCGGCGGCCCGACACGUGGCCAAGACGAAAAUGAAUGGCUCAUAGCUGACUUUCAAAGAGGCGAGACUCCAACUUUUGUUGAGCAUAUCAAAGCCGGGGUGGCAGCCCUCUCCGAAGAUCUAUACGCCAGGCAACACCAUACAGAUAAAGACAUCGGGUUUCGAACUGAUACGCAAUUUGAUCCCCAAUCAACAAAGUUUUCAAAGUCAUGGCUAGUAUUCUCUGGAGCCGCAACACGCAAAGAAACACAGAUUUCUGAGGCAGCUGGGUACAAGAACAUCGCAACCGCGAAUGAUUACUGGGGUCUAUUGUCAGAUGAAGAAUCUCGAAAGUCCGUAUUAUUAGAAGAGCGCGCUCUCGACUCCUACCACAACAUCCUCUUCUCCCAGUCACUAAUCUACUCUCGCUUCAAAACAUUGCCGACGCACAUCACCAUCGUCAGCCAUGGCUUUAAGAAGGAGCGGCUUGUGGAUGGGCAUUGCUCAGCUAUAGGACUCGACCUCAACCGGGUCAACUUUAUUGGUAUAGACCCACCUGGGAUGACAGCGGCGUCGAAAGAUCAGGACAAGGAGGAUGCGAUGAAGGGCGUUGGGUUGGCUUUGGGAGAGUGGAAGGAUGAUCCGCAUGGCACAGGUGAAGUUCUUGCUGGUAAGAGAGCUAAGAGGAAUCCUUGGGGCGUGUGGCAGGGCCAUUUCCCUGAGGGCUUUGAUGAUAGUGAUUUGGCUUGUAAGAAGUAG